GCGGCGCGCGCGGAUGAGUGCGCGGUUUUGAGGGGAGGUGCCCGAUUCCGGCCCCGGCGCCAUGAGCUACGACCGCGCCAUCACCGUCUUUUCCCCGGACGGGCAUCUCUUCCAGGUGGAGUACGCCCAGGAGGCGGUGAAGAAGGGCUCCACCGCGGUUGGAGUGAGAGGGAAGGAUAUUGUUGUUCUUGGUGUGGAAAAGAAGUCUGUGGCAAAACUUCAGGAUGAAAGAACUGUACGGAAGAUCUGUGCUCUCGAUGACAAUGUCUGCAUGGCUUUUGCAGGGCUGACAGCUGAUGCCAGGAUAGUUAUAAAUAGAGCUCGUGUGGAGUGUCAAAGCCACAGACUUACAGUGGAGGAUCCUGUCACCGUGGAGUACAUCACACGGUACAUUGCCAGUCUGAAACAGAGAUACACACAGAGCAACGGCCGCAGACCUUUUGGUAUCUCUGCUCUUAUUGUGGGAUUUGACUUUGAUGGAACCCCACGACUGUACCAGACCGAUCCCUCCGGUACCUACCAUGCUUGGAAGGCCAAUGCCAUCGGCAGAGGAGCCAAAUCUGUGCGUGAGUUUCUGGAGAAGAACUAUACUGACGAAGCCAUUGAAACAGAUGAUCUAACUAUUAAACUUGUCAUCAAGGCUCUUCUGGAGGUUGUGCAGUCUGGUGGGAAGAACAUCGAGCUGGCGGUUAUGAGGCGAGACCAGCCACUGAAGAUCCUAAACCCUGAAGAAAUUGAGAAGUAUGUUGCUGAGAUUGAAAAAGAAAAGGAAGAAAAUGAAAAGAAAAAACAGAAGAAAACAUCAUGAUGAAUGAGAGUCAACUGCUUAGCGGCUGCUUUUUAACUCGAGUGAUGGGUUAUUCUGUAUAGACAACACGUAGGCAUUCCACUUACCCAUACUGUGCCCCUCUUCAGACCUACAAUAAACACGCGGGGUUUUUUUUUAAAGCUGUUAUUUAAAAAAUAAUCUGUUUGUUUCUUUGGAUUUCAAUGACUUGGGAUUCUGUGGUUGGCUUCAAGGCAGCAGUGGUGACCCAUUAAAGGACAAAGACUUGGUUUGCAUUUUUUUCUUGGACACCUCACUUUGUUCAGUGCUUCUCGUGCUGUCUCAGACCUCAGCUCUGCUCCCACCCUGUUUUUUUUUUAACCAGCUGUCUCGAGUGCUGUGUUACAGCCUCCCCAGAACACAACUGGUCUGGAAUUGAGGCUCGCUCUUCUGUAACUCACAUCUUGGCAUGGAGAGGCGCAGGCUGUGGCUGAGGUGUGAGGCUGGGACAGCGCAGGGGUGGGAGCGUCCCCUUUUGGGAGAUGGGCUGCGGACCGAGGGGUGCAUGGCUUGGUGCUUACAGGGACUGUGCAUGAUUCAUCGGAUUCAGAAUGCAGUGUGGCUGCUGUGAUUGCCCACUAGGGGAUUCAGAGACCGCUCGCUUCCUAAUACUAAAAAUAACUACAGCAAAUGUUACGUACAGCACAGCGAGACUGUACAGCUCUGCUCCAGUUUCUCUGUAUCGACCCUUGCACAGCUUCUUCCAUCCAUCUGAUCCACAGGAGCCAGGUUUAA